UUUCACACAUCGAAAAAGAAACCAAGAAACAACACACAAAAAAGAAAAAGCUCUUGCAAUUAAUUUUUUCUUUUCAAUGAAAAAUGAAUUAAAAAAGAAUAAAUCCCAUUUCUGUUCUGUGCUCUGCUCGUCUGUGCAUUUAUAAAACAAAAACAGUAGAAAUUCAACUCGAUAAGCAUUCGGAACACAUAUUUAAUACUCGUCAAGUAGGUAGAAACCUUUAGAAUAGAUAGAACUCUAGAGCUAUUAUAAUAUUGCCAGUAGACAAGGCCGUUCCAUCUAAAUCCAUCGUCUGCUUUUUUUUGUUUUAAUUUGUUUUUGAAAAAAAGAAAUGCGUGCGGGCAGUUCCGAGAACCAAAAGCACCUUCAAGAUUCAAAGUGAAAGUUUCCCAAAAAAAAAUACAACUAAAUUAUUUUAAUUACUUUCCUUUUGUUUGUUAAGAAAACGGGGGUAGAAAAAUUUAAAUAAAUUUUUUGCAAUGCAAUGCGCUCAACCCACCGCAACCGUUGUCAUUGCGGCCGGUAAUGAUGCCCAUUCUGUCAAUGGAAAUGGCUCUUCUAUAAAAAUCGAACAAACUACGUCGGCCUCUUUGACCGACAUCACAUCAUCAAUCGAUAAUAUUUAUUACAAAUCCUACCACGAUCUAGAGAAUCUCUGUUUGCAAAACGGUCUCCAUUUCAAAGAUGACCCAUCAGAGCGAGGACAACGUCUCCAUGCCGCUCUCUUGGCCUGGGUCGAUUGGAUUCAUCUAGCCAAAGAGCUAGUGGGUAAAAUACGCAUAUUCAUGCAUGAGUAUGACUUUGACGAACACACUCCUGGCAAUGGUUAUCGAAGUUUCGUCACUGUCACUAGUGCCUGCAUCGAUUAUGGACUGAAAAUAUUGCAGAACUUAACUGCAACUCGAAGUACGAUGUUUUUUAGGAAGAAAUUCUACAUGAAAGAGGUGGAGUCAUGUAGUCAGCUAUUGCUGAGCCUUUGUACGUGCCUCAAAUAUUUAUUAAUACUCCGUGAAUGGUCACCAGAUGGUGAUCUAUUCGCUAAGGGCGAACAUAGCGCCGAGGAGCUCUUUGAAAUGGGUGACACUAUCAAUCAGUAUUGUUUCUAUGGCCGGUGUUUGGGAUUUCAGUAUACCGAUUCGAUUCGGGGUGUGUUGAGAUUCAUAUCGAUUAGUAUGGCUGGUUUUUCUGAAUCGUUUUACAGCGAAGAUGCUGAUGGGCCAAUUGCCAAGACUACACGGUCUGUUUGGACUGGUAGCAAGUAUUUUCUGAAUCCAGAGCUAAGAGCUCGAAGGAUAGUUAAUAUCUCUCAAAAUGCCAAUGUAGACUUUUGUAAGUCUUUUUGGUUUUUGGCUGAAAGUGAACUGAUGCAUAAAAUUCCCAGUAUUGUUGGGAGUUCAAUAAAAGUUAAUAAAAUCAUCGAAAUUCCAUCGGAGCCAUUACAACUCCGUGUUGUUGCUAAACCGGAGGAAGAUGAAGAAUUCAUCGAUAUACCAGUGCCUAAGAGUCAUUUGGGACCAGGAACCGUAUCGGUUCGUUUGUUGAGCUACAAUCGUCGCCAAGGAAUGAUUGGUGAAGGUAAUCGCUGGCGAAAACUUCUUCCACCUAGCAAUAGUAUUUUAUUCCAUUGUCAUGGAGGAGGAUUUGUUGCACAGAGUUCGAAAUCUCACGAAUUGUAUUUACGUGAUUGGGCUGUGAGUUUGAAUACACCGAUACUCUCGGUAGAUUAUAGUCUAGCUCCGGAAGCACCAUUUCCAAGAGCUUUGGAAGAAGUCUUUUAUGCCUAUUGUUGGAUGGUUAAAAAUGCAGCUUCCCUUGGUACUACUGCGGAGAGAAUAGUUUGUGCUGGAGAUUCAGCUGGAGCAAAUCUUUGCAUUGGAGUUGCCCUCAAGUGCAUUGAGUUUGGAAUUCGAGCGCCUGAUGGAAUAUUCCUCGCAUAUUCGCCGACAUUGGUGAGUUUUGUACCAAGUCCGGCGAGAUUGCUGUGUUUGAUGGAUCCUUUGCUUCCUUUUGGGUUUAUGAUGCGGUGUCUCCAAGCCUAUGCCUCGCCAAGUAAACAAAUAAUCGAUGAGAACAAAAAGAAAACACAAAUCCUGAAUAACAUCACAAAUGCAUCAAUGAACAACAUCACUUACUAUCUGGAUAGUAAUGUGAAUCCUUAUGCAAGUUCGCAAACAAGCCGGCGUACGUCAUCGACCAAGAGUCCAGUUUCUUCGGUAGCUGAGAAUUCCAACUGGGAGAAUAUAAAAGCUGGAGAGAUUCGAGAUGGAACUCCGAUUAAUGCAACGGCUUCGGGAACUGAUGAGAGUAGUGACACUUUUGCUAGUGCAUCGUAUCACAGUCAGACAGUUGAACGAACUGAUUUACUAUCUCCAGAAGAUAAUAGUUCAUGUGUGUCCUUUGAAUCGGAUUCACAACCAAUUGUCCAUAUGCCACCUGCAACAACUAAUGUGGAAAAUGGAAAACCUUCACUUCUCACAUCGGUGAAUAUCGAAAAAUCUGAUUCAGAACAUUAUAUUGAUCGUUUUGUUGACAAAUACGUUGUCGAUACGAAUAGUGUUGAAGCUAAAGAGAAUGGUUAUCCUACGCUACUGAAAAGUUCAGCAAAAACUUCUUCUGAAGAAAAUCUAAUGAUAGAAACUGGGAAAGAAGUUAUGGCUGUGGAGAGUAUACAUGGAAGGCUGAAUAAUGCCGUUAACAGUAUUUCAUCGACUUUAAGCAAAUACAUCACAUCCAGUGAAAUUAAAACUGGACACAAUAGACAUCGCAUACAAGACUUGAGAAAUUUAGAUGCAUUGAUUGCGAGAAGUCCAAGUGUGGAGUUUCAAUUUGAUGUGCCGAAAGAUCCAUUUUUGUCACCGUAUUGGGCCAAGGAUGAUUGGUUGGCUAAGUUUCCAGCUACAAAGAUUUUGACACUAGAUAUGGAUCCAUGCCUUGAUGACUGUGUUAUGUUUGCCAAAAAACUCAAAAGCCUAGGCAGGCCAAUUUCUUUGGAUAUCCUUAAGGGUCUUCCUCAUGGUUUCUUAAAUUUUACAAUGCUCUCUGGUGAAGCAAUGGAUGGCUCAAAACAUUGCAUUAAAUGCAUAAAAGAAUUAUUAAAUGACACAUAAAUUUGCAUGAGGCGUAUUGUGAUUUAUAUAAUAUACAAAUAUGUUUGUUUAAUUUUUAUCGUUGGCUUAAGUAUUUAAAAUGAGCAGCUUGCACCGCUUUUAUGUUUUUGUUUUUAUUUAAUUUAAUUUUAUUUAUCAUUUAAGCAACACUAUAUAGCUUAUGUAAAUGCACGAAUAAUAAUUGCAUUUUAUUAUAAAACAUUUGUAAUGAAUACAUUACUGCAGCUAUUUUUUUUUUUUUUUUAAUUCUAUGUAAUAUUUUAUUUAUACCAUUAUAAUGGAUCGAUUUUAAAUUUUACUCAUAUUAUAAUUAAGCUUAUUGUACCAAGACACCACAUUCGAUAUACAAUUUAGCAUAACAUUUAUAUUUAUAACGAUGUAUAAUUAUUAUAAUGUAGAUUAGGUGGGUUUUACACAAUUUAAUUG